GCAAACACUCUCCACAGAGAGAGAGAGAGAGAGAGAGAGAGAGAGAGAGAGAGAGAGGGAGGGAGGGAGGGAGAGAGAGAGAGAGAGAAAGAAUGGAAGUACACAUCUCUUUCCUUCCAUGAUGAUCAUAUCGUCAUCGUCAUCGCCAUUUCUAGCAUCAUCUUGGCUGUGAUUUGAACACGUAUAGUUAUGAACAACAGUGAAGGGGCUGUUUGGAGCAGAAAAACAAGAAAGACGAGGGAGAUGGAUCUGACAAACACUGCUGCCAUCAACGGGAAGCAGCUGAAGAAGAAGAAGAAGCAGUGCCCUUUGCUUUCAUUUCACGAAUUGCCUGAUUACAUGAAAGAUAACGAGUUCAUCCUGAAUUAUUACAGAGCUGAUUGGCCCCUCAAAGAGGCUUUCUUCAGCGUGUUUCGCUGGCACAAUGAGACUCUUAACGUCUGGACGCAUCUACUCGCAUUUGCCCUAUUCUUGGGGUUAACAGUUGCUAAUUUCGUGCAUGCUUCUCAGCUGGCAGAUCUGUUUGGCAUUUUUACAAGUUCUUUCCCCACGAGUUCAGAGCCAAAUGCCUCUCAUAAUCCAGAAAGGUUCUUUUCAGGCCAAACAAAGCUCAUUGACCUGAAGCACCCAUCGCCGCCGCCGGAAACUAAUUUGCCGCCGGUGGCAACGCAGUGGCCCUUCUUCAUCUUCCUCGGCGGCGCCAUGUUCUGCCUCCUCUCCUCCACCACUUGCCACCUCUUCUCCUGCCACUCCCACAGCCUCAACCUCCGACUCCUCCGCCUCGACUACGCCGGCAUCACCGCCAUGAUCAUCUCCUCCUUCUUCCCCCCCAUCUACUACAUAUUCCAGUGCCAGCCCCUCUGGCAAAUCCUCUACCUCUCCGCCAUCUCAGUCAUGGGUCUCUUCACCAUCUUCACUUUGCUCUCGCCGGCCCUUUCCACCGCCAAAUUUCGCACCUUUCGGGCUCUGCUCUUCGUGGCGAUGGGCCUCUUCGGCCUGAUUCCGGCCGUUCAUGCCCUCGUCGUGAACUGGGGCGACCCAAAGAGGAACAUAACGCUGGCGUAUGAAUCGGCCAUGGCUGUUUUCUACUUGACCGGGACCGGGUUUUACGUAAGCCGGGUGCCGGAGCGAUGGCGGCCGGGCUGGUUCGAUUUGGCGGGGCAGAGCCACCAGAUAUUCCAUGUUUUUGUGGUUUUGGGAGCGUUGGCUCACUACGGGGCGGCGCUGGUUUUUCUUGAAUAUCGAGGGCGAAUUGGGUGUGAUGGGAUGAAGGGAUGAUUAAGGAUGAUGUGGGUCUUAGCAGCGAUUAAUGUUUGAUUGUGUUGUCAUUCGUUUGUUGUAUGGAUUAAUGCUGUGUAGUUGAAGAUACAGAGGGAAUCAACGAAGCUCGUUGGUUCUUGACUUGUUCUUAAAAAUGUUCAGAUAAAUGAUGUUUUAGUAUUACA